AUGUCACAUUCCGCAGAGCUUGGUGAGGAUUGGGGUGAAGCUAAGCUCGACCAUAAUGCCGUAUUAGGCAACGUCCAGACAACUAGCUUUGGCGAUCAGUACGCCCAGCGCACAUGGCUUACUACCCCGCGCAUUUUCCAACACAUGCAUGCGAGACAUUUUUCGCACCAUGUCUGCAUUGUGCGACUUGACGGCUUGCAGUACCGGUCUUGA